AUGGCACCAACUAAACUUAAGAUCAAGGGCAAUAAAGCCUUUUCACUUUUAUCAACUAUCGAUAAUGACGAAGAUUUAUCAAAAACUUGGCGUUUAAUGACAAAGGUCAAAGAUGCCUUAGAAUAUGGAAUGCGUUUAGAAAAUUUAUCAUGGCGUCUUUGGUUUAUGCAUCAUCUUAUGGUUCAUGAUCAAAAAACUAGAAAUCAAUUCAAAAAAUUAUCAAGUGCAACUACUAAAAAAUUAGAAAUAGAAAAAGCUACUGAGCUUAAAGACUUACCUGUUCCAAGCUAUCGACCUAGAUCACAAGAUACUGUAACUGAAAAGAAAGGAAAGAAAAAGUCCACAAAAAAGCCGUCUACUCCUGUAAUGCAAUCAAAAAAGGUGGGUCACGAUGUUGGUCAUGAUGUUGGUCAUGAUGUUGGUCACGAAGUUGGUCAUGAUGUUGGUCAUGAUGUUGGUCACGAUGAUACUGAUGAAGUUCUUACAUCGAUGAAUGACGGUGGAUCUCUUGAAGACAUAUGGAACGAUGUACAUAAUCGCCAUUUGUAUUCUCUACGACAAUAUACUAGCGAUCAGGAUCCAUUCCAAGUUGUUUCGUUACCUAGUGUUUUCGAUCGUAUUAAUGCUCAAGCUAUAUUACAUCCUAAUCAUCAACCUAUAAUGCAACUUGACUUGGAUCAAAUGAUUGGUGUUUAUAAUAUAUCUCCUGAACCCUCAGAACCAAAUUCUCCUAAUAUGGAGUGGUACGAUAAUAAUAUUUUACCACCUGAUACAAUUACUCAACAAACUCAAAACUUGCAAUUUCCAAUGUCUGGCUCUUUGAGCUCAGGAAUACAUGGUGCUGUUUACGUUCCAAGAACUACUGGCAGCUCUCCUGUUAAUCCUGCCUCUAUUAACUCAAAUCUAAUAGCGUCAAUGAGUAAUGCUGUUAAUGGUUUAUCUAAUGACAAUAAUCUUUUGAAUAGUGUUUCAAAUUCGGGUAUAAUAUAUAUGAAUCAAUACACAUCAGAACAACCUACUUCUACUAAUUCCCCUGGUCAUGGCGCUUCAUCAAAAAUAUCUUCAAUACCUAAAUCUACGUCACCUUCAAUGGCUCAUUCAGCUGUGACAACUCGUGCUCCUUCAUCCUCAUCUCCUUCAACUGAUACUAAACCAAAGAAAACUCAUUCUAAUGGUGAACAACAAUGUUUCAACUGUGGUGUAACUUCAACGCCUCUUUGGAGGCGUUCCGCUAAUGAUGAACUUUUAUGUAAUGCCUUCAAAUUACAUCAUGAACGACGUCCGUUGUCGAUGAAAACGGACGUUAUAAAAAAACGUCAACGUUAUGAAAAUGGUCAAACUCCGAAUCGUCGUAAAAAACAGAGAUCUCCUGAACCAGAACAAGAUGUUCCACAACAACAACAACCUCCUCCCCCUCCUCCUUCGCAACAACAAAUGGUUCCUGUAUAUGGUGGUCACAUGGGUGUUGCAAGAUGA